CUUCAAUGGCCGUCUAGCUCCGGACAAACCGAUUUCAGGGUGAGAGAUUGAGGCCUUUGUUGGUCGCAACAGCCGCAUGUUGCCAGACGUGGAGGAACCUAUCCAGAUCAUCAUGGACAGGGCGACGUCCAAACCUAUGGACGCCUUCGUGGAAUUUGUCACCAUGGAGGAUGCAAUGCGUUGUGCUGAGACCAUGCUGCCUGACGUGGAAGAGCCCAUCCACAUAAUCAUGGAUAGGCGACGUCCAAGACCAUGGACAUGUUUGAGGAGCUUGUGACUAUGGGGGACGCCAUGUUCUGUGUUGAGAAGCUAGG